CUCCUCACCUGGCUCAGGUGGCAGGCGAAGAGAAGGAGGAAGAGGAAGAGGAGGAAGUCGCCAGGGCCUCCAACGCCGCGAUGUCCGCCUCGGCCGUCUUUAUCCUUGACCUGAAAGGCAAGCCACUGAUCAGCCGCAACUACAAAGGAGAUGUGAGCAUGUCGGAAAUCGACUACUUCAUGCCACUUCUGAUGCAGAAGGAGGAGGAAAGUGCCUUGACGCCGCUUCUGUCCCGAGGAAAGAUUCACUUCCUUUGGAUCAAGCAUAGCAACCUCUACUUGGUGGCCCUCACCAUGAAGAACGCCAAUGCCUCACUUGUAUAUUCCUUUCUCUACAAAGUGGUAGAGGUCUUUUCAGAAUACUUUAAAGAACUAGAGGAAGAGAGCAUCCGUGACAAUUUUGUCAUUGUAUAUGAACUACUGGAUGAGCUGAUGGACUUCGGGUUUCCCCAGACAACAGACAGCAAAAUUUUGCAAGAGUACAUCACUCAACAAGGCAACAAGCUAGAUACGGGGAAAUCUCGUGUUCCAGCUACUGUCACCAAUGCUGUCUCCUGGAGAUCAGAGGGCAUAAAAUACAAAAAGAAUGAAGUCUUCAUUGAUGUCAUUGAAUCUGUCAAUUUGCUGGUGAAUGCCAACGGAAGUGUCCUAUUAAGCGAGAUUGUGGGCUCCAUCAAGCUUAAAGUGUUCCUCUCGGGCAUGCCAGAGUUGCGCCUGGGCCUCAACGACCGGGUGCUCUUUGAACUCACAGGACGUGGAAAAAAUAAAUCAGUGGAGCUGGAGGAUGUGAAAUUUCACCAGUGUGUGAGACUGUCGCGGUUUGACAACGACCGCACCAUUUCUUUCAUUCCUCCUGAUGGAGAUUUUGAACUCAUGUCUUAUCGACUGAAUACCCAGGUGAAGCCUCUCAUCUGGAUCGAGUCUGUCAUUGAGAAAUUUUCUCACAGCCGAGUGGAGAUCAUGGUUAAGGCCAAGGGCCAGUUCAAGAAGCAAUCAGUGGCCAACGGUGUGGAGAUCUGUGUUCCCGUUCCCAGUGACGCUGACUCACCCAAGUUCAAGACUAGCAUUGGGAGUGCAAAAUAUUUGCCGGAAAAGGAUGUGGUCAUCUGGAGCAUCAAAUCCUUCCCGGGUGGCAAGGAGUACUUGAUGCGGGCCCACUUUGGGCUGCCCAGUGUUGAGAACGAGGAGCUAGAGGGCCGGCCUCCAAUCUCCGUCCGGUUUGAAAUCCCCUACUUCACAGUCUCUGGGAUCCAGGUCCGGUACAUGAAGAUAAUUGAGAAGAGUGGGUACCAGGCUCUGCCAUGGGUCCGAUACAUCACCCAGAGUGGGGAUUACCAGCUCCGGACCCAUUAGUUGCAUGCCUCUGCAGCGUCAGGAUCCAGCCUUAUCCAAACUGAAGGGAUUGGGAUGCCUAGGGAAACCUUUUAAUUUUGGCUCUGUUUGUGUGUGUAUUUGUGUGUAUGCACCCUUCUUAUGUUAUAAUGCCACCCCAUUCCCCCUCUUGAAAGAUUUUGGGUUGUUGUUACCAAGCUCCUUCUCCCCCCCCCCCCCCCCCCCCCCCUCCCCACUCAGUUCCCCAUUUGUAAUGUGAGAAUUGCAGCUGACUACCUCUUGUUACAAAGAUGAGUGACAAAAAGUUACUACUUCCCUGUGCCUUUAGACCGCAAUGAGCUAUAAAUGUAAGAGGAAUAAAUUAAUACUUUUAAAUGA